UGCGAAUUUAGUUUAGAAGCAACAAUUCACCGACAGACAGUUCCCUAUGCUUGAUGUGUCAAAUUUAUGCUGUAUACUUAAAAAGAACAGUGCAAGUGGAAACAUCGAAAGAAAAUAAAUAAACUAAGUUCUUUUAGUGUCUGUUCAGUGAUAACAAUAAAUAUUAUUUGUAUUAUUAGAAACGUUCAUUUCACUGGUUUCGUAUACUAUCUUUCGUUCUCUAUCACCGAAAGGAAUGACAAGAAGUAUAAACAUUCGAAAUUAUCGGAAAUAUCUUUCUUUGACGAGACAAUUGGCUCGUAACACAGAAGAUAGAAACAAUGGUGGAAGCAUUUAUAAGUACAAGUUCUUCGAUCGUGUAAAUACAUUUUGGAAAACCAAGAUGUCCAUGCAGAAUUAUUCGAAGUUUUUGGCACAGCUGAAAGACUACAUUAAUAAAGCUGGUUACGAUAAAUCUCUUCAGAUUUAUUUUUCCAAAGAUUGGUUGGAAACCUUACAGAAAGCAACGUAUGCACAAAUUAAUACUUUAAAAAAGCAAUUACCCAUUAUAAAUGUGAAGAAUGCAAAUCAUGAUGAGAUAAAAAACACAAACAAAUAUAAAGAGAAUGAAACUGAAAACCAAAAAAUUUUAAUAAGACCCGAAAAAGAAGUUGUGGAUUCUGUUAAAAGACAGAAAGCAUAUCAGCAAAUAGACGAAGAUAUCGUAAACGAACGAAAAGUAGAAGUCAAGGAACAGUCUUAUAACCUACCACAAAUUUUGGAUAAUUUGAUGUUUAAGUUAACCAGUCAAACUAGGACCGGUGCUCUGGUAAUAGCACCAAAGUGGAAAAUAAAUGUCCAUAAAAAUGUAUCAAAGCACAGCAUUGUGUCUAGAACACGCCAUGUUUUAAACAGUAUUGUAACUGCUGAAUCAAAUGCUUCAAGAUUGAGGAGAAUCGAAGAUCUAUUAACUCACAUUGAUCAGUAUCCAGAAGCUAGACAUUAUGCGAUCAAAGAAGGAGCAAUUGGAAUAUUACUCAAAACUCAACGUCGAACUAAAGACGAACAAAUAAAAGCAUCGAUUAGAGAGGGGCUAGCAGUGUUAGGCCAUGUUGAUCCAUUGCCUGGUCGUGGAAUUAGAAUUCUUUCCAUUGAUGGGGGUGGUAUGCGUGGUGUCUUGGUCAUAGAAAUGUUGAAAAAACUUGAAGAGUUAACAGGAAAGAAAACGCAUGAAUUGUUUGAUUACAUAUGCGGCGUGAGUACAGGAGCAAUUCUUGCUGCUGUUUUAGGUGGCUAUAAAAGAAAAUCAUUGAGUGAAAUUUCAGAGUUGUACAGAGAACUAAGUAUAAAAAUAUUCACUCAAAGCACGAUAAAAGGUACAAGUAAUUUGGUAUGGAGUCAUGCAUACUAUGAUACAGCACUGUGGGAAAAAUUAUUGCAAGAUCAUUUAGGGGAUAAGAUUCUGAUUAAAACUGUUCGCGAUCCGAAUACACCAAAGUUCUCAGCCAUAUCUGCAAUCGUGAAUCAUGAACGUGUGAUGGCUUAUGUGUUUCGAAAUUACACUUUACCACACAGAGUAGAAAGUCAAUAUAUGGGAUCUCAUAAGCAUAAAUUAUGGGAAGCUAUAAGAGCAUCUGCAGCAGCUCCCAGUUACUUUGAAGAAUUUAAACAUGGUGAAUUUCUUCAUCAGGAUGGAGGUAUACUGGUAAAUAAUCCAUGUGCGGUUGCUUUACACGAAGCCAAACAAUUGUGGCCAAAUAAUCCGAUCCAAUGCGUGAUCUCGUUUGGAACUGGAAGAACGCCGAAUCGAAUGUGUGAAAACAGCAAUGAAUCUAUGGAAAUCGCAAUUUCGAGCUGGAAAGAGAAAUUUUAUAAAAUUUUAGACAGUGCGACCGAUACGGAAGCUGUACAUACGAUGCUAAAUGAUCUCCUUCCCGAGCACGUUUAUUAUCGUUUUAAUCCGUAUUUAACGGAAAUGUUGUCGAUGGUGGAGAUACGCCCAGAGAAGCUUACCCAGUUGGAACAAGAUGCGAAAAUGUAUAUACGUAGAAACGAGGAGAAAUUUCAGAAAGCGGCACAAGUUCUCUUAGAGAAAAGACAAAUCCAGCAGCAAAUUAUGGACUGGAUUGUGUUGCAAAAACAAAUUUCAGGUUUAUAAAUUCUGAUGUAUUUGGAAAAUUUAUGGAAAUCAAGUACAAAUUCUAAUUAGAGUCUAGUUAGACUCGUUCAUUUUAUGAGUAAUCUUAAGAAUAAUUCAUACAGUUGUGAUCCUUUGAGUAAUAUCCAAUGGGAAUAGAAUUUAUUGAAUAUAUUGUUUAUGUUUUAUUUGUUAUAUGUUUUAAUAGGUCAAUUGAUAUUUAUUUCUAUCUGUGAUUCUGACUGAUCAUGUACAAACACGUUAUAUGUAUAUUUAUGUACACAAACAUACACACGGAAAACAAAGAAGUGUAUUUGUACAUACUGAAGUUAUUUACAUAAGGCCAGUAUUAAUGUAUGUAUGGUGAAAAUACAUAUGUAAUUUUAACUUGUAACAAAA